UGCAAUUUUGUUGUUUUGCUUCACAGCGCAUGUGAGGAAACACUUUAUUGCCAAUUACGUCAAAAUAUCAGCCGUAGACGUAGCGUGAUGACGUCGCAGGUGUAACGGUCCCCGGAGCGGCGGCGGCGGCUGAUGGAGCUGAUCAGAUGAAUGAGCUGCGGGGCUCACAGAGGACAGACGGGCUGGAGAUGAGAGAGGAUGAACCGGCCGGAGGAGCAGCAGCAGCAUCAGCACCGUAUCCUCACACCGUCUGAGUCCCGGGUCGGACGAAAUAACGAGACAAACGCGAGCAGGAGUCUCCUCAUUAGCCUGUGAGUCCGCGGUGAGCACCAACGGAGCUGCUGUAGUCUUGGAGGAGGACGGGACGUGAUGGUCAAACCCGGAGCGAGCACCGACUGUUGUUCUGUGUUGCCUCGAGAAGCGGCGGAGAUGAAGCUCCGUAUGGAAAGAAGAUGUCUGUCACCGCCGGGCAGCGGGAAACGUGUCACUCGCGGCGGUGAAACUCUCUAAUAUCUGUCGGUUGAUGGCACAGCGGGCGGUACGGAGGAGCCAGAGACGACCACUGGGAUUUAUGAGCAGUCGGAUUGGAGAAACUGAGGAGUGAAUGUUAAGUUUUUAUGUGGCAGCGGAGUGUUCACUGCAAGCUAACCCCGAAUGGAUAAAGCUAGCGUUUUUAGAGACUAUGCGCUGUUUUAAACAACCUUUUCUCUCUGCCGAUAUUUUCUCUGUGGAUUUAAAAGCGCAACUUCACCAGCUUAAUUUGGCUGUAAAUCACACUCCCUCUGCUGUCAGUCUGCUCCCGAGUUUAGCUCCAUAAUCCCAGGGAGUUUGGUCUUAUUUAGCUAACGGGUAGCAGCAGCUACUAGCGCCAGCGCUGCUGUGUGUUCUCGGUCAUCAUGCAUGCACCGACACGUCUGCUCGGAUGAAACCAACACCCAGCCAAAAAAAAAAAAAAAAAGAUGAUGCACCCAAGGGCAUAACAACAACACACCGAGCCAUGUCGGACUGAGAGCAGCCAGAGUGGCUCCGCCGGCACAAACGACCGACCAGAGCGGCUUUAUUCAGAGGGAUCAAGAGCCAAAGCUAACCUCCAGCAGCCUGUUCACACCGCCCUCCAGAGACCACCGAGAGGAUCCUUUUCGACUCAGCUCGGCGACGAAAUCCAGCUAAAAUGGGAGAGCAGCCCAUCUUCAGUACACGGGCCCACGUCUUCCAGAUCGACCCGAACACCAAGAAGAACUGGGUUCCUACAAGUAAACAUGCUGUCACCGUCUCCUACUUCUUUGACAGCACCAGGAAUGUAUAUCGAAUCAUCAGUCUGGAUGGAUCCAAGGCCAUUAUCAACAGCACCAUCACCCCCAACAUGACCUUCACUAAGACGUCGCAGAAGUUUGGCCAGUGGGCCGACAGCCGGGCCAACACCGUGUACGGUCUCGGCUUCUCGUCGGAGAGCCACCUGGUCAAGUUCGCAGAUAAGUUUGCUGAGUUCAAGGAGGCGGCCCGGUUAGCCAAGGAGAAGUCUCAGGAGAAGAUGGAGCUCACCAGCACUCCCUCUCAGGAGUCGGCCCCGGGUGAUCUGCAGUCACCUCUGACCUCAGAGAGCAUCAACGGCACCGACGACGAGAGAGUCACACCAGAAGCUCCUCCGAUCCCUGAAGCCAGAGCAGAGCCGUCCCAGAAUGCACUGCCCUUCUCACACAGUUCAUCCAGCAUCAAUAAGCACUGGGAGGCAGAGCUGGCGGCGCUCAAAGGGAACAACGCCAAACUGACGGCGGCUCUGCUCGAGUCCACAGCCAACGUCAAACAGUGGAAACAGCAGCUGGCCGCCUAUCAGGAGGAGGCCGAGCGGCUCCACAAACGGGUGACGGAGCUGGAGUGUGUGAGCGGCCAAACGACAGCAAUCAAGUCUCAGAAGACGGAGCUCAACCAAACCAUAGAGGAGCUGGAGAUGGCUUUGAAGGCCAAAGAGGAGGAGCUGGAGAGACUUAAAGCAGAGGUGGAGAGUGCCAACGAGUUCAAGACCCAAAAAGACUCCAUCACACAGAAACUACAGGACACGGAGUCGAGGAACCAGACGCUGGAGGCCCAGCUGAGCGACCUGGAGCAGCGACUGGAGAGCAGCCAGAUGGAGAGAGAAGCCUUUCGCAAGAGCCUGCGCUCUCUGCUGGAGCUGCUGGACAGCAAGAUCUUCGAGCUGAACGAGCUGCGGGACACGUUGGCCAAACUGCUGGAGGGCAGCUAGAGCGGGCGACCGUCUGACACGUUCUGCUGCAUGUUCACGCUCACGGUCACGACGCCACUCCAAUCCGCUUUGUUUCCACACAAGUUUACACACGACUUUAAUGCAUUAGCGGUACACACACUUCGCUUCGUCCAGAUCGUUUACAGCCAAGUGAAGCCUUCCCUCAGCUCCACUCUGGAAACUUUUUUUUUUCUUCGCUCCUUCAGAACCGUUGAUCAAAGACGACUUUUCGAGCUUCACUUCGGUGCAUUCUGCGGUCGCCCGGACUCGGCGGCCGCUCUGCUUUCUCUCCAUCUUCAGUGGGGUUUUUUUUUCUCACGAUUUCAAGCAUUAAUGUUUCUAAAAGUCGUCGUCAGCCAAAUGAACUCCUCCGCUCUGAGACUGAUUCAUAUUUUGGUUUUGUGAACUGAAUAUAGAGAUAAUAAUGUGACUAUAAUCCACCGACGGACUGCCAAACGAGGCCGGAGAGGACGUCAGUAUGUCUUAUAUUCUUAUACAAUAUAUGAGCAAUACAAAAAAAAAAAAAAAAAGGGAGCAUCAGAGGGUUAUAAACACUUUCCACUCUCACUUUCAGGUAACUUUAACUCCUCUCUCGGAUAGACCACAAGCGAGGCGGGAUUUUCUUCAAUAGUCUUUCUUUCUAUACACUUUUUUAAAAGAAUAUAACAAACUCAUAGUGCACUUGUAAAAAUGGAGUUUGUGUGUGUGGGUGAAUUUUCUUUCUCCUCUUGUUUCUGUUGCGACUUGAAGUGCAAUGAUUGAAUCCUUUUUUUUUUUUUUCUUUUUUGUUAAUUUAUUACUGAAAUUACAGACGGUUCAUUCUGAUGAAAAUUGUACAAAAAAGCAAAAUGUCUUUAUUUACAUUUCACUUAAUCUUUUUUAUCGUCUGGUACGUGGGUGUCGAGAUAGUUUUGUUUUUAAGGAAGAAAAAAAAAGGCAAUAUUUUUGAACUAUUUAUCAGAAGAAAGUAUAGCAGAGCGAUCGCAGGUUGGAUUUGCAGAGAAUCUUUUUUUUUUCUUUUGCCAAAUAACGUUCUCCUGUACAGAUCUGAACUUUUGCUGAUGUUGCCUUUGGUACAGAGAUGCAUCAAUGGUAGCUGACUAGCGGUACUUUUUUUUUUUUGUGGGAUUUACUAUUGCCAAAAAUUAGAGGACUACGAUACAGUAUGUACAC